GUUCUGCAAACAUGAAACAAAGCAUUUUAGGGAUUUAUUUUUUAUUAAACACGAUUCCAUGAGCUUUCAAGUUUCUCGGGGUUUCUUUAUUUGGCUAGUGAGAAAACAUGAAGGCCCGGAAAUUCAUCCCCUUAUCCCUUCAAGUAAAACUCCACCCUGUUUUCACACUGUUCAUGAAGGCCCUUUUCGCCAUCACCAUUGCCUCUUCAAUCUCUCUCUUCUUUUACUCCGUCUUCAGAUGGCGGAGCAUCUAUUUUGAUGGCGGCCAAACGUUUGUACGAUUUAGGGAAGACACUUUUGAAGAAACAAACAUAUCACAUGUAUUGUUUGGAAUCAGUGGGUCAGCAAAAACAUGGAAUAAUCGUCGGCAUUAUAGCGAGAUAUGGUGGAAACCUAAUACCACUCGUGGGUUUGUUUGGAUUGAAGAAGAGCCCACCAAUGAUGUGAAGUGGCCGGAGAAGUCACCACCGUACCGGGUGUCGGAGGACACUGCAAGGUUCAAGUACACCUGUUUAUACGGCCACCGAUCAGCCAUUCGACUUGCGCGCAUAGUGAAGGAAAGUUUUGAGCUAGGUUUAGAAGGCGUGAGGUGGUUCGUGAUGGGCGAUGAUGAUACGGUGUUUUUCCCAGAAAAUUUGGUGACUGUUCUGCGAAAGUAUGAUCAUAAUGAGAUGUAUUAUAUCGGAGGGAAUUCUGAGAGCGUUGAGCAAGAUAUGUUGCACUCUUAUAAAAUGGCCUAUGGCGGUGGUGGGUUUGCCAUUAGCUACCCCUUGGCGACAGAGCUAGUGAGGGUUUUGGACGGCUGCAUUGACCAGUAUGCAGCGGCGUACGGCUCCGAUGAGAAGAUCGGCGCUUGCAUGAGUGAAAUCGGCGUGCCUCUCACCAAGGAGCUUGGUUUCCAUCAGAUUGACAUUCGAGGGGAACCAUAUGGGUUGUUGUCAGCGCACCCAGUUGCACCGUUGGUGUCAUUACACCACCUAGACUAUGUGAAACCAAUGUUCCCAGGCAAAAACCAAAUUGAGUCUCUCAAGGAACUGGUCAUGGCAUACAAUCUGGAUCCAGGUCGGACCCUGCAACAGAGCUUCUGCUAUGACUUGUCUAAAAAUUGGUCUAUUUCAGUGUCUUGGGGUUACACUGUGCAACUCUACCCUUCUUUGGUGACGGCGACAGUGCUAGAAACGACAUUUCAGACGUUUGUGACGUGGAAGAGUUGGCGUCAAGAGCCUUUCACGUUCAAUACUCGGGUACUCAGCCCUGAUCCAUGUGAGGCCCCGGUUAUUUAUUUCUUGGAUCGGGUCGGGGUGGUUGGAAUGGGUCAAACCCUGAGCACAUACAAGAGGGUCUCUAAUGAACCGGCGAAAGAAUGCGGUCGAGGGGACUAUGUUUCAGCUUUGUCUGUUCAGUUCUUCAACAUCUCAGCACCAAAGUUAGAUCCCAAACUAUGGAAGAAGGCGCCGCGAAGACAAUGUUGCGAGAUCGUUAACAAUGGUGCAAGUGUCGUGGAUGGCAAUACUGUUCAUGUCAAGGUUAGAGGCUGCAAGCUUUGGGAAUCAAUGUCACUGCCAUAGAUUAUACACUUGUGUGUUGAUAAAUUAAUUUACCAUUCCAAUAGGUCCAGAGAAAACAGAAAAAAAUUGGAAAGGAGCUAGAUUGAGCUUCAAUCGUGGAGCUGAAAGAAACAAACAAAAAGCAUGAUUAGAAUGCAAGAAAUUGAUAAUUUAAUAUGAUUUCUUAAUUUGUGCUCCAUGUC